CUCGAAACCAAAUGAAAUUAGAAAAAGAUGGCGUUUACUUUUGCGGCGUUUUGCUAUAUAGUAGCUUUAAUUUUAACGGCCUUCUUAAUUUUCUUUGCUGUAUUUCAUGUUAUAGCCUUUGAUGAAUUGAAAUCAGAUUAUAAAAAUCCUAUAGAUCAAUGCAAUAGUUUAAAUCCUCUUGUUCUGCCAGAGUACUUUCUACAUCUUUUUUAUACUUUACUUUUCCUGUUUGCUUUUGAAUGGGUUACUGUACUGCUAAAUGUUCCUCUUAUUAUAUACCACUUUCAGAGGUAUCGUACAAGACCUGUCAUGAGCAGGCCUGGAUUAUAUGAUCCAACAACAAUUAUGAAUGCUGAUCAGCUGAGUAGAGCUAUGAAAGAAGGAUGGAUAAAACUUGGAUUUUAUAUUGUGUCAUUCUUUUAUUACCUCUAUGGAAUGAUCUACACAUUAGUGUCUGGAAUUUAAGUUAUAAAGUAAAGUCCCAUCUGUAAAUCUUUCAACUAAUCACUUCCAAGAACCCCAUUUGAUACUGCGGUAAAGACUGUCAAGUUGAAAUUUAUUUUCAUUGAAGUUUCAUUCUUUUAAAAGGUUGUUAACUGUUUAAUUGUAUGUGCUCUAAAUGAUGUUUAUGUUUAGUUUCAAACUGUCUAUACAUCAAUGGUGUUAUUUAUAUUUUUGUCGAACCUAUUCAUGUACUUUAAAGUUGUCCAUUCUUUAUGUGAAAUGAAAUGAUUUUGAUAAAAAUAAUGGUGCAUUUUUAUUAUAUAGAUCAUCACAUCACUAUUUUCAGGGAUGCUAAUUAUUUUUGACAAUUGUUUGGUUUCCUUUUAGUUUUGUAUUAUUCAGGAAAUGUAUUCUUUUUAAUAUAUUCUAGAAAGAAAUGUUAUAUUUCUUUAAUUAUUAUUAAGAAUUUUUUUUUCUUUUCAUUGGUGGAAAAGAUAAUAUUUAAUUUUUUCAGCGUUUGAAAUCAAUGAAUAAUAACAAAAGCAUUAAUCUUUAUUUUUCCUCC